ACGUAUUGUUUACUGUGUGGCUUAUAUAAGUUGGUACACAACAUGCGCAAACCAGCGAUAUUCAAACUUUAAACAUGAAAGUUGUCAUUUUCUUCGCACUUUUAGCAGUUGCUUCGGCCAAGAGACUGUUUCACCAGGACCAGGUCCUGAGAGUUGAGCCCAAAGGAUACCAACUCAAAGUCAUUGAAAACUUAGGCAAAAGAUUCCCAAACAUUGACUAUUGGACAGACCUUAGUGAAGUUCGCCCAGUGGACAUCCAUGUACCGCUUGUAUAUCUUAGCGCAGUUAAAAGUUUUCUUUCAAGAAACAGAAUCGAUUACGAAAUCUUCAUCGAAGACCUUCAGGUUGCUAUUGACAACCAAAAGUCAGACCGUCCAACUCAGAUGAGUUUGGCAACAUUCGAUUACAAUGUUUACCACACGAUCGACGAAAUUACUGCUUGGAUGAGCGAAAUGGUAUCAACAUAUUCCUUCGUGAACCUCGAUAAUGUCGGUGCAUCUUUUGAGGGAAGGUCUAUUGACGCUCUUAGGAUCACCCUCUCUACAAGUUCCAAUCCACCACAAUUCGUGAUCGACUGUGGACUUCACGCUCGCGAGUGGGUCUCACCAUCAACAUGCUUAUACACGGUCAAAUACUUGGUUGAAGCCCAGCCUGGAAGCGCAGAAUAUAACAUCUUAAACGAAAUGGAGAUUGUUGUGAUCCCAAUUGCUAACCCUGACGGCUACGAAUACUCAUGGACUGAUGACAGAAUGUGGCGCAAAACGCGUUCGGAUACCGGCCACGUAUGCAUGGGAGUUGACCCCAACAGAAACUGGGACGCAAACUGGUCCGGGGAAGGCGCAAGUUCAAGUCCUUGCAGUGAGGCUUACUACGGACCAAGCGUUAUGUCUGAGAUCGAAGUACGAUCUCAGGCCAGUUUCGUUGGAGGCUUAUCUAACGUCCAAGCCUACAUUGACAUUCAUGCAUAUAGCCAGUACUGGAUGUACCCAUACGCCUGGACCCGUGCUCUUGCGACUGAUAACCCGACUUUGGGCGUGAUUGGACAAAACAGCGUGAACGCAAUUUACAGUGUGCAUCAAGAAUUCUACUUUGCAGGACCUAUCUCCCAAGUCAUAUACGUAGCAUCAGGAAGUACAGUUGAUUACAUGUACGACACUUUAGGAAUCAAAUGCUCUUUUGCUGCUGAACUCCGAGACACUGGAACAUAUGGAUUCACUCUUCCAGAAAUUUUCAUCCAACCAACAGCCGAGGAAACAUUCGCUGGACUUAAAGUGAUUGCUAAUGCAGUUAUGGCAGGUACUUGCCAAUAAAUAAAAGUUAUUAUUAAACGAACUAAUAAAUGAGGAAAUAAAAUGCAAGUCUCGGCAUAAUGUUGAUUAUAUGUAGAUACGUAGGUUAUUA